AUGGAUCCAACUCCGUCGCCCUUUCUUGCCCUCCCUGCCGAGAUUCGGAAACGAAUUUAUCGGUUUGCUCACUUGCUGCGCACAUGUCCGAUUCUCAUCGUCCCGCGCUCAAGAGCCGUGGCAGACUCCCCGGCUAGUUAUCCAGGUCCAUAUUGCAGAUCUGAGGAAUCUGCAUCAGAAGGGGCUUUGGAAUGUCAUAUGUUGCUUGGGCAGAGAAGAUGCACGUGUCCCGCACUUCCAAAGCAGCUGCUUCUCGUCAACAAGGCUCUCUACAAAGAGACGCUGGAGAUUCUAUACGGCGAAAACACAUUCGCCAUCUGUGCACAUGAAAGCGAAGAUUUCGAGGCCUUCAGAAUGCUUUCAAGCGACGCUCUGCACACUUUACGCAGGCUUGUGGUCCGGUGGAAUAGCGUGCCAUUCCUCCACGCUCGUGACUACAACAAUGGCGCUUGUGUGAUUUGUCGAGCACCUGCGUCUCUGCCGCAUUCCGAAUCUAUGUUCUCAGAGUGGACGCUUGUCUGCAAGCUUUUGGCACGGAGUCUUGCGCCAGUUCACCUCAAGCUGGAUCUUAUCAUUAACGUCCAGGACAUGACCACCAUACACCGGAUAUUUGCAUCAUCAUAUUGCCUUCCACGUCUUCUAGAUUACAAUAUCUGGAUGGGAAGGUCACUUGCUGAUUCAACAAUCACUUCAAUUGCACGCCUGACCGCACAAUACCUCUUAUCAAAAUCGAGCCCGGAAUCUGAAGGAGAGCCAAGAAUAGCCCAAACUCGCUUAGCACUCCUGCCACUAGAGAUUCGUCGUCGUAUUCUCAUGUUCAUGAACCUCAGGUACAACGGGCCUUUCUUGACAAAAGGCAAGGAAAUAUGCGUCAAGGAUGGGAAAUUCGCCCCGUCGCUCAGUCCCGAGUGCAUCCAUGGAAACUGCAUAAAAUGCUCGACUAGGGCAGUUCGUUGCCUCUGCCGAUCCGGCUUGGAGUGGCAGUCGUUCUCUCCCCAUUGCCAGUGCCGAGUCUUGCCCGUCGAACUCUUCCGUGUAAGCUGGCAAAUGUACACGGACGGGGCUACAGUCCUAUACUCUACGAAUACCUUUACAUUUUCAGGAUCUUUUCUAAAUACCUUGAGAAUGUUACAGUCGUUUAGACCCGAAACUCUGCAGCUCUUCCGUCGGAUCCGGUUCGAAUUUGAUUUUGAGCAAACCAAGGCCUGGGCUCGGCAGGAAACAGCUUUCCUCUCUCUACUCUCGUUCAUUGGCAGACACUUUGAUACCUCUCAGCUUCUUCUUAUCAUAGACACCAGCAACGAUUAUUAUCCAUGUCUGGAAAGGGACUUCGGCGAGCCAACAUUGAGAAAUCUAUAUGAUGCCUAUAUAAGCAUCAUCCGUUGGGUCAAGUUCAGCCUGCCUGGACUGGCCGACCUUCACGUCGACCUCGGCAUGUUCUUCGGUCUAGAGACCGUCUUUGAGAAACACGUCAUGGGUCCGCAGUAUGAUAGCAAGAGAGGGAACCGAUAUGCGAAGGCUGGCCACAGCUACGAAAUGAUUAGUCCUAUGAUUUCUAAUUGGAAGCAAGUGAGCGAGAUACCAUCCUGGCACCGGCCUUUCUAA